AUGAGUUUGUUAGCAACCUUCAUUCUUACGUUUCUAUGCGUAGUUGAAUGUUGCGCUCAAGAACAUCGAAGCAAUAUCAGCUUUGCCACAAGGAGUCCAGAGAUCGAACCUGGCUCGGGAGAUUCUGAUAACGACGUAAGCCUAUCUAGUGAAAUUGAAAAUGUAACUUCAACGAAAAUCGAUCAACGCGAUAUCAGAAUCAAAGCUUUGGAACAGAAACUGAAAGAAAUUGAGAGAGAGAAAGUAAAGAAGUGCUCUCCGACGUCAUUUUUAGACACCUGGGACAUGGCAUCUUUAAUCAUGGAAAAAGCUCGAGAAACUGCAAUAAAUGUUCCAAAUGAUUCUCAAUGUCAAACAACAUGUCGACCAGGUAAGAAAGGCCCGGAAGGUGCAAAAGGUGAUAUUGGACCGAAAGGACAAAAUGGUGCCACGGGAAGACAGGGAGCUAAAGGAGAAAGUGGAACACCAUGUAAUUGCUCACGUUAUGAUGAGUUAGCACGCAAAUUUCAAAUCCUCGAAGAAGAAAAAGCUCGUGAAUUACAACCCGUAGAAGAUGGUUGGUAUCGUGUUCACAGUUACCCAUAUUGGUACAAAUUGGUCAAUGUAUCGUCGGACUAUCAAACAGCCAGAAAAUACUGCGAAAUCAUGGGAGGCCAAUUAGCAACAAACGGUAUUCGCAAUCCAACUAUUCGCAGCGAUCUUCUCGACAAGUUCAUCAGAAGUUCGGGAAAGUCGAUCUGGAUAGGACUUGACGAUCUUGAGAAACAAGACAACUGGAAAUGGUCCGACGGAAUUUCAUCAACUUCUUCUAAUACACCAUGGGGUGAAGGCGAACCAAAUUAUUCACAUGAACGAUGUGCUUUUCCACUUUAUUAUUCACCACUUGACCACUUGAUUCACACUAAACCAUGGGGUCAUGAGGAACUGAUUGUCAAAGAAUGA